AAAAUAUUGAUGUAGCCAUCCGUCUAACGAGUGCUGCUACUAUUUAUUUCGAAAGAUUGAACGAGACUGCAAAAUUGGCAUUCUAUGAUGAAAUGAUUACUUCCUUUGCAAAUGCAAUAUCUGUAAAUACCACAAGAUUAUCUAUGCAAAAACGAUAUCAAAAUGAUGGUAGUGCAAGAGAACCAUGGCCAAUUCUAUUUCGUGUGACACUUGUUGCUGCUCAAGAUUCAAAUGAAAUUAGUACACGAGAAAUGUUUGCAAGUUUAAGUGCCUUAGUUACCAAUAAAAGUAUCACGAGUCUUAUGUUUUAUAACAGUACUGCUUCUUUGGAUUCGGAAUUCGGUGUGAUGGAACUGAAAUUUUAUGGAAACGAUAAUUUUCACAAUUGGGCAAGACAAAAUGUUGUUGCUUCUUCAAUAUUUAUUGUUUUAAGUUAUUGUGAUAUAGAAGCUUUAGAUUUUGUUUCUUCAGAUAUUUCAAAUUCAUCAU